AACUUAUUUCAUAAGUCAAUCGAACGUAGAGUAAGAUGCCUCGCACCCGAGUUGUGGCAGGCCGUGAGGUGCAGCGCAAGAAAAUUGAACAAGAGGAGAAGUUGCGCCUGGCUCAAAUGAGGGCCGAAGCCGCUCUGGAGAAGGCAGAUGAGUUUGAGAAGAGAGCCAAACAUCAAGUGGACAUGCAAAUGAAGCUAAUCCACGCCCGGACUGACAAGCGCUUGCUGGAGAUGAAAUGGUCUGAGUUUGUAAAUCUGAAUCCUAAACAUUUCAAGGACUACAAGUGGAAGGUUCCCGAGCCACCAGUCAGUCGAGUACGCAGCACCUCUAUCAGCAGCGAUCGCGGACGUUGCCGCACUCCUCAGCUCUCGCAGCUGCCGCGACCAAUCGUACAUUCCUUGGACAGAGGACAUUUGAAGACUUUAGCAACCCCCCAGAAAGCUCCACCCAUGUCGUUCGAACGUUGGCCGCGGGCCGGUGAGUUAGUGCUCUCCUGCGGCGGCAGCCCUCUGGCUGUCCAGACUCCACAGCAGAACUGUGCCGACGUGCACAUACCCACCAAGAAGGGCGUGAUCACAGUGAAGCCCUUCAAAAUCGAACGUGUGACGCGGGAUGUGCUAAUGCAACUGGACGCGAAUACACUGAACCAAGUGAAGACAUUGAAGGCCAAUCUGGGGGUCAUUGUGGACAUGGCCAACAAAAUGGGCAAGAUGUAGGAUUUAGGACGUAGGAUGCAUGGAUAUCGGAAUUAAAAAUGACAGUCUACGCUCUGGAUUUUGGAUCUUAACAUCGGACACCCCUAUAAAGAGUAAAUAAUACCCAACAAAGAUGUAUGUGUAGAGAAUGAGCGGAUAAUACAUGUUCCUAAGUAUUACAUAAUCUCCAAUAGUUAAAGAAUAGAGAAUUCAUAUGUGACAAUUUGAA